UCAGAUUUGGUAGAGGAGAUAUUCAAACGGGUUCCAGCUAGGUCUCUUGAACGUUUAAGACAUACAUGCAAGCAGUGGAAUACCCUAAUCAAAGACCCGAGAUUCGUCAACAAGCAUAUGUCUCACAUGCAUGGUCGUGAAGAGCAGUUCACAGUCUUCAACGACGUUUCCACAGUUUCUCCUUCGUUGUGUUCAACAAUUUCUUGCGUCGGUAUGAAUUUCAACGACGAACCUCGUUUGAAUUUUCAGGUUUUUAAACCUCUUCCAUCUUCCGAUUUAUUGGUGCGCAGUGUGUUCCACUGUGAUGGUCUAUUGCUAAUGGACAUGAGAACCAAACUCUUAGUUUCUAAUCCGUUGUUGAAACAAGCAAGAUGGAUCAAGUGUGGAUCUAACCCUGAGUUUGACCAUCCCAUGGAUGCGUAUGGUCUUGGAUACGUUAGUAACGGGUCGCGAAGUUGUAACGAUUACAAAAUGGUUAAGUUUCGUUGUACUGAAGAUAUAAGGGCUGAAGUCUACGAUUUUAAAUCUGAUUGUUGGAAGGUUGUUGUUGUUGUUAAAAACUAUAUUGGGUUCUCUGGAUUACCAGUUUCAAGUGUGUGUUUGAGAGGAACUCCUUAUUGGAUAGGUUAUAAUAGGUACCUUAAUAGAACCGUUUCGAUACAAUCUUUUGAUUUCUCAAAAGAAAGAUUUGAGCCCUUGUUCAAGUUUCUUCAUCAUUCAUCCAUUGGGCCAAUUCAGUGGCAAGAUUCUCUUUCUUUAGGGAUUUUCAGAGGAGAUCAUCUUUCUCUGUUACAUGAACCUCGCUUAAAAGGUAGGAUACAUAUAUGGGUGAUGAGAGAGAAGGAUUGGAGUAAGUUGAUGACAGUUGCUAUACCUCAACUUCACAAGUUUCCUAAAUACCCAAGUUACUUCAUUGAGAACAAUGGUAAGCUUGUGCUCUCUGUCCGUCACUUUGUCACUAGGGCUAUUAGCAUCUACGUUGUGGGAGAGAACCAAGAAUGCCAAAAAUUUGAAUGUUACUCUUCUAUGGAGCCUUCAAUUGGUGGUUCUGGUUGCUACUAUGUGCCGAGCUUGCUUCUAGUUCCAGGCUUUUCAAGCUGA